ACAGUGUGUCCCAGCAUGGUCCUGGAGCUCUACUGGGACCUGCUGUCAGCACCCUGCUGGGCUGUCUACAUCUUCACCAGGAAGAACAGCAUCCCCUUUGAAUUCCGAUCUGUGGAUCUGUUGAAAGGUCACCACCACAGCAAGGAAUACAUCCAGAUCAACCUGAGGAGGCUGCCCAACCUCAAAGAUGGAACGUUUAUCUUAUCUGAAAGCGUGGCCAUCCUUUGCUACCUGUGCCGGAAGUACAGCGCCCCCUCUCACUGGUACCCGCCGGACCUGCACACGCACGCCCGUGUGGACGAGUUCAUGGCAUGGCAGCACACGGCCUUUCAGCCGCCCAUGGGAAAGAUGCUCUGGAUCAAGCUGCUGAUCCUGAAGAUCACAGGUGAGGAGGUUCCAGCCGAGAAAACGGAGGAGAUGCUGAUAGAGGUGACAAAGAACCUGCAGCUCUUGGAGGAGAAGUUUCUGCAGGACAAGAUGUUCAUCACUGGGGACUACGUCUCACUGGCUGACCUGGUGGCCUUGGUGGAGAUGAUGCAGCCCAUGGGGGGCAACCAUAAUGUCUUCCUCAACAGCUCCAAGCUGGCUGAGUGGCGCAUGAGGGUGGAGCUGGCCAUUGGCUCUGGCCUUUUCUGGGAGGCCCAUGACUGGCUGGUGAAGUCGGCAGAGUGGGGCUGUUUCACACUGGAUCCGGUAGUCAGAGAGAUCUGUGAGUGGCUGCAGAAGUACAGGUAGAAGCAGCCCACCCUGCAGGGCCUGGCCGGCCCAGCCCUCUGAGCCUCCUUUCUUAGGGGAGAUGCUGAAAGCAAUUCCAUCUCUUUGCCUAAUAAUAAAGACCUGGACUGACCACCACAGCUGCUGAAGGUGGUGUAGUCGGUGUGAGCGUAGGGUCUGGUGGCCAUGGGUCCCCUCAGCUUCCAAAAAUAAUUUAGAAAUUAAAGGUUAAAUGUGA